CUAACCGUUGCAAACCCUCCCUCCCUCUCUCGCUUCUCUGCUCCAGCGGCUCAUCUCGUUCAGCCGACCCGCCGGGAACCUCUCCUACCCUCUCUCUCUCUCGUGCCCCCUCAUUGGUGUUGCCUUCUCGAAGCCAGUAAUGGCUGCUCAGGUGUCUGCCGGUGGGUGGAGCGAUGUGCUUCGGAAGCCGCCGCCUCCGAAGCAGCAAGAAGGAAUUUCGAGUGGAGUGGUCGAGUCAUUAAAGUCGAGCGAGGGAAUCAGUAUAGCUGUUGUCGACGCCAAUGCGAUAAUCCAGGGAGGGGAGAAGCUGAACGAUGGAAAGAAGAGGAUUGUUUCUGUUGAGGAGGUAUUGCAGGAAAUUAGGGACCCUGCUUCUCGUCAUAGACUUGCGUCGCUUCCGUUCCCCAUUGAGGUCAUGGAACCCUCGCCUGAGGCAAUUAAGAAAGUUGUUAACUUUGCGAGAGAGACCGGCGAUCUGCAGAUUCUUUCAGAUGUUGAUAUAAAGUUGAUGGCUUUAACCUAUACUUUGGAAGCUCAGAUCCAUGGCACAAACAAUCUGAGAGAAAGGCCCCCUCCACUUCAUCUGGUAAGAGUGAAAAGGUUACCUGAAAAUAUGAUGCCUGGAUGGGGAUCAAAUGUUCCCAACUUGGAAGAGUGGGAAGCUCUUGAGCAUGCUGUGGAGGCAGCACCAAAUCCUGAUUCAAGAAUUUUGCCUCUUAAAGAUUUAUCACUCAAUAUAACACCUGAAAAUGGAGAUAUGUGCAAUAAAGUUGAUUUAAUGGUAGAUUCUGGUGAAAUUGAAACUUCUUCACAAGAAAUGGGAGGUUUUCCUUCGAGGAGAGCUAAUAGAUUUCCUCACGUGAAGCGUGAGAUAAACAUUGAGGACAAAAAGAUGGUAGCAGAUGGAAUUGAUGCUUCUAAAGGGGAAGUUGAUGGAAAUCCUGCGGAUUGGAGGCCUGCUGUUAGUCGAAGCACACAUCGCAGAUAUUUGAAGAGACAAGCAAGGCGUGCACUAUCCAGUGCAUCAGUACAAUCUGAGCAUCCUGAGGCAGAAGAGAGUGUUGAAAGCACACAACUAGAUGGUACUUCUCUGGAAGAUGAAAGUUCAAAUGUGAACCAAGAGAAAGAUCAUUACCUCAAUAAAGAGAUGCACUAUGAAAUUUUAGCCUCUGAGACUGGGGAUUUGCAUUCUUCUCAAUUAAUGGAGAAUAUGAAUGAAUCAUGCAUGCCUUCUGAUGAUGUGCAGCAUUCAGAUGCUCUGGUGAGUGAACCAGGAUUAUGUGUAGAAGAUGAUAUCCUGGAUGAGAUUGGUCACUUGAAGUUGGAGGGUGAUGAAACUGAAAUUGAACUUAAUAAAUUUAACCAUCUAGAGAUCUCUAGUCUUAGUGAUCAAAAUAUAGAUGGUAGUGAGGUGGAUGACAAUAACAGUGAGCAAAGUUGGACUCUUCGUUCCUUGUCUGAAUCCAGUGUAGCUUGUGUGACAAGUGACUUUGCCAUGCAAAAUGUUAUUCUCCAGAUGGGUCUACGCCUUCUAACUCCCAGUGGUAUGCAAAUUCGCCAGUUGCAUAGGUGGGUGUUGAAAUGUCAUGCUUGUAAUAGAGUGACUGCAGAAAUUGGAAGAAUGUUUUGCCCCAAAUGUGGCAAUGGUGGUACUCUACGGAGAGUCUCUGUUACAGUUGAUGGAAAUGGGAUUGUUCAAACAGCCAGCAGACCACGCAUUUCUGUUCGUGGCACUAGGUUUUCCCUUCCCCUGCCUCAAGGUGGAAGAGAUGCCAUUACCAAGAACCCCAUUUUACGUGAAGAUCAGCUUCCUCACAAGCUUCUGUAUCCUAAGUCAAAGAAGAAGGGUAACCAGGGACUAGAUAUCCCAAGUGCAGACGAGAUCACGUUUCACAGUUCGGAGAGAAGAGCACCACUAAAACCUCCUGUUAGAAAAGCGUUGGCAGUCUUCUCUGGGAAGCGGAACCCUAAUGACAACCAUUUCUCACGAAAUAAACAUUAAAUUCGUUUUUUUCUUCAUUUUGAGAUGGUUUUUAUUAUUUGGAUAUGUAGAUCACUUGCUGUUUGCCCAUGCAUUCCUGUUAUUGGCCGAAGCAUAACUAGUGAAUCUAAAUAUCAGAAUGUAAGUUAUAUCUUGACAGUUUUGUGUUGAAAGAUGAAAAGAAGGAAAAUGGCAUGAUUUCUCCCCUUUGCUUCUCAA